CAAUGUCGCAAUCGACAUCAUCCGAAGGAAGCGGUCCCGCAGCGAAAAUCGCGAGGAAAAAUUCACCGGAAAAUGAUCCGGAGACGGCGGAAAUGUUCAUUGUCGAUGAAAUAACGGACAUGAGAUACUCGACCACAUGCCGUCAGUUGCAAUUUCUCGUGAAGUGGGCGAUUCCGGGCUCUGAAAUGACGUGGCAACCGUUGGAUGACUUCCCAUUCGGGCUCAAUCACUUUAGUAUUCUGGAUUAUCGCAAAGAUCACGAGGAAAAGUACGAAGCAUGCUUGCAGAAACAGCGGCGCUCAAAAGUCAUGAAGGACGACGAUCGAAGCUGGAAUGUGAGCCGAAAUUCGAAUCGCUCAAGAAAUCGCUCAAAAUCGUCGUCGAAACCUGCACAACGAACCGAGCCGAUGACCCAACGCGAGAAAUUUGACGCAAUUCUUCAAAUUUCCGAGAUUUCCCUGGAAAAACAGUACAAACUUACCAAUAAGAAGGUCCCGCGGCGAUCACAGUUCACAGAUCCGGAUGCGCCGAAGAAAAAGUCAAAAGGCGCCCGCCAUUAUCGAGAUCAAAAUCUGAAAACCCUAUUCAAAUCCUCGCUUAUCAGAAAAUACAGAAAACCACAGGAGUCCGACGAUGAUUUGGAGCCCGAUGUCGCCCAGGAUUCACCCGAAAACACGCCCGCGCCGCCGACGAAAUCGCCAGAAAGUUCGGGAUUUUCGGAAAAUUUGGAGAAUUUGGGCGCCAAUACGCCCUCGCCGAGCCCCGAUUUUGAGGAAGAGCACUUGGAAAAGAAGCCGGAAACUGGGAAUUUGACGGAAAAUCGACCGAAAAGGGUUUAUAGCCACGAAACGGCCGAAUCAAUGGAAAACUACGCGAAACUUCUCCUCUACACUGCUUUUGAUACAAAAUCCUGGGAAACACUUGGCGGUCACAUCAAAAACGGCUUCCGACUGAGUUUUGUGUGCUCCAACGGGCUCACAAUCAUCGAAAAUGUCGUUGAACUCAAUAAAAAUCUGAAUAAAUUCAGUGAUUCGAGAGAAUCUCGAAUGGUCGCUGAUUUGUUUGAAUUACUCCUCAAAAAGGGUGUUGAAUUUGAUGAAAAGACUUUACCGCCAACAAUGUGUGCCGCCGUCCGUUCCACCCGUUACGACAUUCGCCGUGAUUUCCGUUGCCUCCAUAAUCAAUAUAUUGAUAAACGUCCACGAAUGUGUGAAUGGUUCAGUGCCACCGGCGGCGGCGGCUCCUGCGGCACCACCGAAAUUUGCACAUUUUGGAACAACGACGCUGGCUACCUUCCCAAUACGCACCAACGCUCGAAAUUCCACGUGGAUUUGAGUGAAUUCACUGGGAACAAUUUGGGGCUCCUCGCGUUUUCAAUGGCAUGGCACGAGGAUUUCAUCGAUAAUAAUUCUGGGGGGCCGGAAAUCGUGAAAAAUAACCGCUUCAACGCCCACAUCGAUGUCCCAUGCUUCACCCUUUGGAUGAACGGAAAAAUGUGCGAAAAACUUGAAAAUUCGCAUGGAUUAUCGAUUUUUCGGCCGCUCGGCACAGUGCUCGACGUCAACGAACUGAAAAUCAAGAUUACUGAACAUUCGUCACGUUUUGUCGCAAUUUUGCCGGUUUUUAAUUUGAAUUCCGACUGGAAAAAUUGUUUUUUUCCCCUGGAAAAUCAAUAAUUAUCGAUUUUUUUCUGUUGAAUUCGUAUUUUCUAUAAUUUGCCGUCGUUUUCACUCGAUUUCCCACUGAUUCAUAAUAAUUUUCUUUAAAAACCCACUGAAAAAUCGAUUUUUCCGCUAGGGAAUUAAUUAUUAUUGAUUUUUUUUUGAUAGAAAAUCGAUUUUUAUCGAUUUUUCGCUAAUAUUUAAAAAUCAAUUUAUCCUAAUUUCUCACUGAAACCCCCCCCCCCCCUAUUGCUAUCAUGAAUUCAUGAUAGUUUUCUUUAAAACCCACUGAAAAUCGAUUUUCCGCUAGAAAUUUAUCGAUUUUUCGCAAAUUUUUCAUCACUUUUUCCCGAUCUCGUUGUUUUUAUCCCGAUUUCAUGUCAAAAAAAUCAAUUCCGAUUACAAUUCCAUGACCAAUUCUAAAUUACAGAAAAAUCGAUUUUUUACGAAAUUUAUCGAUUUUUCGCUAUUUUUUCAUCACUUUUUCCCGAUCUCGUUGUUUUUUUUUUGAAUUAUUGCUAAAAAUCACUUCCGAUUACAAUUCCAUGACCAAUUCCGCCCAAACUAUCGAUUUUUUGCUUGAAAAUCGAUAAUUUUUCAACCGAUCUCUUGUUUUCUUUUUAAUUAUCAUUAAAAAUCACUUCCUCUCACAAUUCCACCACCAUUUCCGCCAACAAAAUCCACAAAAUUAUCGAUUUUUCCGCCGGAAAAUCGAUAAUUCCUGUUUUUUUUGUAUUUUCCCCUAUUUUCUUAAUUAAAUUGCUUGUAGAAUUGCCUAGUAUCCUAGAAUUCUAAUAGUAACCGCUAAUAUUAUUGAUUUUUCCAAAAAAACCCUGAAAUUAUCGACUUUUACCUAAAAAUUGUCGUUUUUCUUCUGUUUUUAUUGUGUUUUUUCGCCGAAAAUUGUCGCAUAUUGUUAAUAGAAUCUCAUUUUCUGCCCAACAUGGCGCAAUUCUUUUAAUUUACCCUGACUAAUGUGCUUUUUCUCACUUUCUACACCAUUUUUGUGAACUUUUAUCGAUUUUUUUUUCUCGUGAUUUUCCCCCAUAUAUCAUUGACCUACUUCACACAUAUGCAACUUCUGAACACUGGAAUAAAUUUAUUAAUGUUUCAUUA